AUGGGUUUCCUGGUGCAUCCAAAGCGCGGAGCGGAUGGCCGCUAUUCUGUAUCAAUCCCCAAGAACGAAGACGUCAUAUCUCAGUUGGGUGAAUCUAAGGAGAUCGCAUUCCAGCGUUUUCUAGGCACUGAGCGGAGGCUCAACAGGGAUCCCGAUCUUAGAAAACAGUACGUUAACUUCAUGGAGGAGUACUUGAAGUUGGGUCAUAUGCGGAAGAUUGAAGAGGAUCCUGAAACUACCAAACGAUGUUUUCUUCCCCAUCAUCCGGUGGUUAAAGCAGCCAGCACCACUACCAAGGUUCGGAUAGUGUUCGAUGCGUCCUGUAAAACUACCGUGGGACUGUCUCUGAACGAUACAUUACUGGUAGGACCAGUUAUUCAACAGGAUCUUCGACCUAUUAUUCUUCGAUGCUGUACGAAGCAGAUAUUGUUAGUGGCUGAUGUGGAGAAAAUGUUCCGCCAAAUAUCUGUACAUCCAGCGGACAGGGCUCUGCAAUCGAUUCUAAGGCGUUCGUCUCCUUUAGAGGAAGUGGGUGUGUACGAGUUGAACACCGUUACCUACGGAACAAAACCGGCUCCGUUCUUGGCGACUCGAACAUUAAAUCAACUAGCCAUGGAUGAAGGUGAACGAUACCCUCUAGCAGCAAAGGCGAUCACCGAGGACACCUAUAUGGACGAUGUCAUCACCGGGUGCGAUAACUUGGAGGAGGCCAGAAAGUUGCAGAACCAACUGGAUGAAAUGACAUGUAGAGGUGGGUUACGUCUAAGGAAAUGGGCGUGCAACUAUGCAGAAGUCCUGCAGGAGAUUCCCGAUAAAAAUCUGGCAAUUCGUCCCCCAGAUGGAAUACACCUUGAUCCUGAUCCAUCUGUAAAGGCAUUAGGAUUAACUUGGCUGCCAGGAAGCGACAAUUUCCGUUUUCAUUCCGCUGUUCCUAUAAUCGAUCCUGAAGACAUUCUCACUAAACUCAAAGUCCUAUCUAUCAUCGCUACAUUAUUUGACCCGCUGGGAUUCAUCGGUGCUACAACAACUGCUGCGAAGAUUUUUAUGCAGCUGCUAUGGACACUGGAGGAUGAAAAGGGCAAGAAGUUAGGGUGGGAUCAGCCUUCGACGCUGGGUGAGUCUUGGAAGAAAUUUCAUGAGCAACUCCCCAUUCUCGACGAAAUAAAAAUUGAUCGUUGCAUUAUCAUUCCAAACGCCGUAGAAGUGGAAUUUCACUUUUUCUCCGAUGCCUCUGGAAAGGCUUAUGGCACAUGCUUGUACGUCCGUAGUCAAGAUCAUUGUGGCAUCGUCAAGGUUCAACUGCUUUCGUCGAGAUCUAAGGUCGCUCCUCUUAAAACCCAAUCCAUACCAAGGUUGGAACUCUGUGGUGCAUUAGUGGCGGCGCAACUCUUUGAGAAGGUCCGUCAGGCUACUAAUCUCCAAGUCAACACCACUUUUUGGGUAGACUCCACAUGCACUUUACGGUGA